AGCAGCUGCUGUGUUAGGUGAGAGGUGGGACUGGGAAGUAGGAAUACAAUGGAAGAUUGAAACAGAAGUAAAACACAUUUCUCCUUCUCCAUUUCCCAUCCUACCGAAUUCCCAUUACGAAUUCACAUUCCAUUCAAUGGAGGCAGUGCGCUCAAUUCACGCGCCCGCCCCUGCACAAAGCCUCACCAUUUCCAAAUCCAAAUUCAAAUCGGCGCAAUCGCUAUCGCGGAGGUCAGAGUUUCGAAGCCCGAGGCUGCAGGGGGCAAGAUUUUUGACAAUCGCGUCCGCGGGGAAUUCCAACAGCUUGAAGAAGGCAGUGCCAAACUCGAAUUAUGUGGUGCCUCUUGACAAUAGUGCGGCCAACUCGUCGUCGUGCAUAACGCGGCCUCUCGUGGAGAUCUUGCGGGAUUUGAACAAGCGAGUACCGGAUAAGGUCGUCAAAACUGACGGCCUCAUUGAACCUAAAUACAUCCCCUGGUACCAUGCAAAUCGUAUGCUCAGCUUUUAUGCACCAGGUUGGUGUGGUGAACUCCGCAAUGUCACAUUUUCUGCUGAUGGGAGGACUGUCUCAGUAGUAUAUCGUGUCACAAUUCGUGGAUCUGAUGGAGAGUGUUUCUUGAAUGCUUGCUUCUUCUGGCUCUCCACUGGUUUAAAAUCCAGGCUGCUUCUAUAUAAGAAGUGAUUAUGAUUUUGACAUUGAUGAACAUUUUCCUGACACCAAGUUUUUAAGGAGAGUAACCUGGUCCUGUGUAAUUAGUAAUAUACCAAUCUUGUUUGUUUUAAGGAAGCCAAUAAAAAAUAUGUCAAGGCCAUGGGAGAUAAUAGAAGGGGUAUUGACUAUAUUUUAUUCCCUUGUCUGUCUAGGUGUUUGUGUGCUUUUUAUUUUCACUAAGUCCACCUUGUGUGUUAUGCCGUGAAAGCUUAUUGUUAGCAGAAAAUUUAUAAUGAAUAUUUGUCUCUUUUCAGCAUUGAUUUUUUUGUCAGAAUAAUCAACUUUGGUUGCAAAACAACAGAGGAAGUUGUGAACUUUUCUGCACACAAAAUAGGCAGAAAUUAUGUAAAUAUUUUAGAAACAUUAUUUUUCCAGGUUUGGUAUACAACCAAAGUUAUGCUUAGCAAUUAACCUUCUGAUGUGAAGAGAAACAAAAGGCUCUCCUUUCUUAUGAACUCUAGGCAGAAGAGGGGCCAUUGCAUAUUCUACAGGCAAAAAAAACUCCUACCAUGUGAGCAUUGAAAAUAUUCACAUGUUUUGGUUGUGGAAAUGGUUCGUUUCCUGAAAUCUAGGAAUUUGGCCAUAUGUUUGAAAACUCAAAAAUGUAUGAAACUUUUCAAAUUCUUUCAUUGAAUAUAUAUCUGCGCUU